AUGGUCCGAGUUCAUGGCCAAGGAGGAGUCAAGUUCCAGAACUGGGCCAAGACCUAUGGCUCCUCUCCAGAGCUGUACUUCCAGCCCACCUCAGUGGAGGAGAUCCGGGAGAUCCUGGAUAUGGCCAGGCAGCGGCACAAGAGGGUGAAGGUGGUUGGGGGUGGCCACUCUCCUUCCGACAUUGCCUGCACGGAUGACUUCAUGAUCCAAAUGGGGAAGAUGAACAGGGUUCUCAAGGUGGACAAGGAGAAGCAGCAGGUGACGGUGGAAGGUGGGAUUUUCCUCUCGGAUCUGAACAUAGAGCUGAGCAAACAUGGGCUGGCCCUGGCCAACUUAGGAGCUGUGUCUGAGGUGGCAGCAGCCGGUGUGAUCGGGACGGGGACACACAACACUGGGAUCAAGCAUGGAAUCCUUCCCACCCAGGUCACAGCACUGACACUGUUGACAGCCUCGGGGGACAUCCUGGAGUGCUCAGAGUCCAUCAACCCAGACAUCUUCCAGGCUGCCCGCCUGCACCUUGGCUGCCUGGGUGUUGUGGUGACAGUCACCUUCCAGUGCGUGCCCCAGUUCCACCUGCACGAGGUCACCUUCCCCUCCACCCUCACUGAGGUCCUCGAUCACCUGGAUGACCACCUGAAGAGAUCCCAGUACUUCCGAUUCCUGUGGUUUCCUCACAGCGAGAACGUCAGUGUGAUCUACCAGGAUCCCACCAACAAGCCCUCCUCAUCCUCUGCCAGCUGGCUGUGGGAUUAUGCAGUUGGCUAUUAUUUGCUGGAGUUUCUGCUCUGGAUCAGCACUUUUGUGCCCAGGUUGGUGUGCUGGAUCAACCGCUUCUUCUUCUGGCUCCUCUUCAGCUCCCGGGUGGAGAAUAUUGCCAUCAGCUAUAAGAUCUUCAACUAUGAGUGUCGCUUCAAGCAGCACGUUCAAGACUGGGCCAUCCCCAUUGAGAAGACAAAGGAAGCUUUGCUGGAGCUGAAAGCUGCCUUGGAGAACAACCCCAAGCUGGUGGCUCACUACCCCGUGGAGGUGCGCUUUGCUCGGGGGGACCAGAUCUGGCUGAGUCCCUGCUUCCAGAGGGACAGCUGCUACAUGAACAUCAUCAUGUACAGGCCCUAUGGGAAGAACGUUCCCCGCCUCAACUACUGGCUGACCUAUGAGGGCAUCAUGAAGAAACACGGUGGGAGACCACACUGGGCAAAGGCCCAUAGCUGCACCCGGAAGGACUUUGAGAAGAUGUAUCCAGCUUUCCCCAAAUUCUGCUCCGUCCGGGAGAAGCUGGACCCCACAGGGAUGUUCCUUAAUGCCUACCUGGAAAAAGUGUUCUACUGAUGGGGGCAAUGUGGGGGAUGGAGGCAAAAAGGAAAAAUCAGCCAUCAGCCCCAGUUCUCAGGACA